AUGAAAAUACUUUUACUUUUAUCUUUAAUAGUAGCAUCGGUUCUCAAUGCCCAGUCUACCAUUCAAGUUCAAAUCGAUGAUGGACCUCUUUUGGGUCUUGAAUUCCCAACACACAAUGCUUUUUACGGAAUUCCAUUUACAGAACCACCUAUUGGAAAUUUAAGAUGGGCCUCACCUGUUCCAAAAACAUCAUGGGGACCACAAGGUGGUGUUUGGAAUGCAACCUAUGAAAGACCAGGAUGUCCUCAACAAUGUAAUCUUCCAUCUGGUGUAUGCCCUGAAUUUCAAACAGAAGAUUGUUUGUAUUUGAAUGUGUACACACCACCUUUUGACAAUAGCAAUGGUAAUAAUCCUACACCCUUACCAGUGAUGGUAUUUAUUCCAGGAGGAAGAUUUGAAAUGGGUGGAGGAUCAACACCACUAUAUGAUGGAGCAGUAUUUGUCAACAGAACCAAUGUCAUUCUGGUGACCAUCAACUAUAGACUUGGUGUUUUGGGUUUUUUGGUUACACCACAAUUAAAAGGAAACUAUGGUUUCCAAGAUCAAUUGGUCGCUUUACAAUGGGUUCAAGAUAACAUAAAAUCUUUUGGAGGUGAUCCAAGUCAAGUCACUGUUUUUGGUCAAAGUGCUGGAGGAACAUCUUCAGCAAUUCAUCUUGUAUCACCAAAAUCAACCAAUCUUUUAUCAAAAAUUAUUAUUGAAUCAAACCCUUGGUCAUUGCCAGUGAAAACAGUUGAUGAAUCAAUUGAUUUGGCAGAGAAAUUUGCCAAAGAUAUUGGAUGCAAUGUUGAUGACACUUCAUGUCUCCUUUCUCAGUCUGUUGACUCUAUUCUCGUCGCUCAAAAUACAAGUGAAAAUAGUUUUAAUGUUUUCCAUCCUCUUUUAACAUUCCUACCAUGGACACCAGUAGUAGAUGGUGAUAUUAUUCCAGACCAACCCCUUGCCCUUCUUGAAAAGGGUCAAUUCAAUAAGGUCCCAACAAUGAUUGGUACUGUUCAUGAUGAAGCUUUAAUAUUUGUUGCAUCUAUAUCAGAACAUAUAAGUGAAUUAGAGUUUAGAGCUGGAUUGGUAGAUAUCUUUGGACUUGGAAAUUCUAUAGAUAUUGCAAAACAAUAUAGCAGUUAUAUCAACUCUUCAACCGACUAUAUGUUAUUGUUGAGUACAAUAGGAACCGAUUAUAUCUUUGUUUGUCCAACUAGAAAUGCGGUACGGUCAAUUGCAGCAGAAUCAGUACCAGUUUUCCAAUAUCAAUUCCAACAUGUAUCAUCGUUUAACGUCUAUGGAAAUGUCUUUCCCCAAUGUGCCAAUAGUGUGUGUCAUGGUCUCGAAUUGCCAUAUGUUUUUGAUACAGUGACAUCAUCUGGAAGCUUUGAAUUCACUCCUCAAGAACAACAACUAUCAUACGAUCUAAUUGACUAUUGGACAAACUUUGCAAAGAGUGGCAAUCCAAAUGGUCCAGUACCAGUUAGUGAUCCAUCUCUUCCAGCAUGGCCAAUGUACACUUCAUCAACUAGCGACCAAAGUUUUAUAUUGGAUAUUCCUUCUUUUGUUCAACAAGGUUUGAGAUCUUCAUAUUGUGACUUGUAUGAUCAAAUUGGGUACCAAACUGGUUGGUAA